AUGAUCUGGUAUCAAAUCUUUCCUGAACGCUUCGCGAACGCGAAUCCAGGAAAUGACCCCAUCCAACGGAUCAGUUCCCUGUCUAGGUGGAAUCAUCCAUUUGACGAACCCACGAUCGAAGAAAUCGAGCGGCAGUGGUUCCUCCACCAAGGGGAGCCGGGGCUGUUCCGAUUCUCUCCCCACGCACAGGGCGGGAUGAUCGCGAAUGUCAUCACACAACGCCGCUAUGGUGGCGACCUCCAAGGCGUGCUGCAGCAUCUCGAUCAGCUUGUCGAACUGGGGGUUGACGGCAUCUACAUUUGCCCAAUCUUCACUUCGACAUCGCUCCACAAAUAUGAUGCCGCGGAUCAUCGCCAUAUUGACCCCACUCUUGCUCAUCCGGGAUCAGUUGAUCUAUCUCACCAACCCAGACUCGGAGAUCCUUCGGAUGAGAGUACUUGGGAAUGGACGCAAGCCGAUCGUUGGUUUAUAGAGGUUUUCAUCCCAGCUGUCCAUGAGCGUGGAUUGAAGCUCAUGCUCGAUGGUGUCUGGAAUCAUGUCGGCGUUGAUCAUUGGGCAUUCCGUGAUGUCCGCAUAAAUGGUGAAUCCUCCGCAUUCGCAGACUGGUUCGAUGUCCGCUUCAAUGACGUCGGCGAACUGAUCUGGUGGAAAUCCUGGAAUGGUGAGAACGGGCGUUUACCCGUGUUUUUACAGACUGAAACUGGUGAUUUAGCUCCUGGUCCAAAGGCACACAUGAUGGCCGUCACUCGACGAUGGAUGGACCCCAACGGCGACGGAGAUCCGUCGGAUGGCAUCGACGGAUGGAGGCUCGAUGUCGCCAACGAGAUCGGACGACCAUUCUGGAAAGAUUGGAGAUCAUUGGUCAAAGAUCUCAAUCCCGAUGCACUUAUCGUCGGAGAGAUCUGGCACGACGCACGCGAGUACUUUGACGGAAGGGCAUUUGAUUCGCAGAUGAACUACCCUGCCGCGUAUCCCGUAGCAGAUUGGCUGUCCAUCGGACACAUGAAAGGCGACACACGAUCACUCGCCGCUCGGCUCACAGAGGUCUAUACACACGAUCCGGAAACGGAUGCUUGCCAGCUCAAUCUGCUCGCAUCGCACGACACAGAGCGGAUUGUGUCACUAAUGCACAAUGAUCAUCAACGAUCAUUCGAUAAUGGUUCUCAUCCCUGGCAGAACACGGCUACAUAUGACCGCAACGCCGCGAGCGAUGACGCUCUGAUUCGAUCGCUCGUCGCGUACAUGCUCAUGAUCGCGAAUCCCGGCUCGCUGAUGAUCUACAACGGCGAUGAGUUCGCGAUGACUGGAGCAGAUGAUCCCGAUGAUCGCCGACCGAUCCCUGAAGAGUACUGGAACACCACAAAUCUUGACCCGAAAAGAACCUGGUACCACACCAAGCUGAGAGAGAUUCUUGAGCUUAACAAGGACCCGGCCCUUCACCCAUUCUUAACAAAUGGCUCCGCGCGAUGGGUCCCGAGCCUUGAUGCGAGAGGCAUCCGAGUUCUGCGAACAAUAAAUGGUCAAACGCUUGGUAUUGAUAUCGGACCUGCUGAUACCCAGUGGCAAUCCAGAAGCGGAACUCUCGCCAGCACUCCGAUCGAGAUCCGACUGAAUCUGGGCAAAACUGACUGGAAUGUUCGUAUCCAGAUCCGGAUUGAUUGUGCAUCUGAGCACAUCGCGUUUUUGAUAAGAACUGCAAUCGCACAACCAACGAUCGACGGGAUUUACGAUCCGGGAACUGAGAGCGGCUUCUACUCAGAUGUAAUCUGGGUUCAGAAUAAUGCCACCGGAUUCGGUGAUAACUCUGCUGGCUUGUUCGAAGGUGGCGAUUUCGGUAACCCAGAAGUGGUGGACACGGGUGUCGAAAUCAAGAUCCCACUCGCAUCGCUCGGCUUAAGCGGGACUGAAACCAUUCGUCUCGCAGGUUGGGUCAACUCUGGCGAUCGUACAUUUAAGUCCAACCAGAUCAUCGGCGAUCUUCCGAUCGAUACAGGCAACCUCGGCGGUGCGCAAGAUUUCAAUGACGCUCCGUUUGAUAUGACCACCCAGCACAUCGAGAUCGACCUCAGCACUGUUCCAUCAACUGGAGCAACAGUUGACGGCAGCUUGGGCGCUGACUCUUGGUCGCAGGAGUUCCUCCAAGGGAACUACACCGGAUUCGGUGACGAAACAGACGGCACUGAAGACGGAUCCGGCCCAAACGGUGGCGGCUCUGAAAUCGACGGCAUCUAUAUCACCAAGGAUGCAACCAAUCUGUACAUCUUCGUUGCUGGGAACCUUGAGAACAAUGGCAACGGCCUCGACCUGUACAUCGACACAGGCGCCGGCGGCGACAGCACACUCGGUAGCGGUUCCGGUGAUGGUGGAUUCAUCAUCUCCGGUCAAAACGGUUUGGAUUUCGACUCCGGCUUCGACGCAGACUAUGUCUUCUCUGUAGAUGCAUGGAAUGAUGACAUGGAUGAUGGCACCACCCCGAAUGUGCCUCGUGCCUUCUUCGGUCCGAUCGACAUGGACAUCGAUGACCUCGGCUCACUCGCAGGAUACGGCGCCGCAAAUGCAGGCUCACUCUCGGGUGGCGUGAUGAUGGCGAUCGACAACUCCAACACCCAAGGCGUCAUCGGAACUCAAUCUGAAUCCACUCCAGUUUCACCAGAUGCAAACUGGGCAUACGGAUCGGAACUUGACAACUGCCGCGUCUACAUCGAUGAAUCAAACGCAAAGCUGUAUGUGUUCAUCGGUGGCAACAUCCAGAACAACUACAACAAGUUUAAUAUGUUCUUCGAUGUUGCACCAGGUGGUCAGAAUGUCCUGCUCGACACCAAUGUUGACAUCAGCUUCAAUGGCCUCAAUGGCAUGUCAAAUAUUACCUUCGAUUCCGAUUUUGAGCCAGAUUACUGGAUCAAUGUCAACAACGGUGUAGACGGCGGCUCCGGUGACCUCAACAACUUUGCGGACUGUGCAACACUCCGCACCAACGGCGCCAACAUUGAUCCUGACUUUGGUGUGAUUACCGAUUACGGCGCCUUCUUUGGAGGCGAGGUCGGCGCCACCCCGAUCAUGGACUUCUCUGGUCCUCGCGUGGAUAUCCAAGACGGUGCACUUGGAUCGUUGUUUACAAACUAUGCUCCACGGAUCACAGCACUCGAUCCAUUUGAUCCGAUCCCAGGUCUUGUUCAAAUCUCUAUCGACAACUCAAAUGUCGCUGGCGUGACUGACACAACUGCGGACUCAGCUGCUGCAGCUGCUGUGAACACCGGUAUCGAGCUCUGCAUCGAUCUUGACGAGCUCGGCUGGGACGGCAGCCAGGAUCUGAAGAUGGGUGGCUGGAUCGCCAAUGACGGCUUCUGGUUCAUUUCGAACCAGGUGCUUGGUGGCAUCCCUGACAACUCUGAAAACAUUGGUAACCGCGAUUCUGACGAAGACGGAACCAAUGAUCUUGAUUUCAACAUGAUCGCUGGAAACCAGUACAUCAAUCUCACGAAUCCAGAUGUUGGGAAUCCUUGCCCGCCUGACUUUACCGGCGAAGGUGAUCUGAACUUCCUCGAUGUCUCUGCGUUCCUCGCGGCGUUCGCAAGCAUGGAUCCUGCUGCUGACUUCACUGGAGAAGGAUCCUUCAACUUCCUCGAUGUGUCAGCAUUCCUUUCCGCAUUCGCGGCAGGCUGUCCAUAA